AACUACCCCAGACUGAACACUGCGAGAUGCUGCAAGAAAGGGCUGUGCACAGACUGCUAUCUCCGCAUCGCGUCCCGUCGUCUCUGCGCUUUCCGGCAUUCUCUGUGGACCACCAAGGCCCGCCCUGCCACCCACGCACACCCGCAGAAAUUCUCGCCGAUCUGCUG